UCGAAUUGCUGCCGACGGGAGUAUCCGUGAUGAUUCAGCGCGGAGGAACAAAUGGCCCCACUGCUGAAGCCAUGUCUCAGAGUAACUAUAGAUUAUUGCUCAUCAAUCAAAUCUUUCGUAUCUGUAGGAGCAGCUGGCUGACUACAAUCGGCUGAUAGAUCGGAGAGUACGGUCACCUGCCGGCGAACACUGCACAGGUCAUCUGCUCGCAAAGCGGAGAUGGCGACCUUUGCGUGAGUGGCUAUGUCAUGUACUCAGGGGGCAACCGAAUGUGCUCAUGCCGUUCGCCAUAGUAAGUCCACGUUUUCUGCUGCAUCCUACGCGACAUUCCGUCCAAGCUAUCCCAGUGCCCUAUACAAUGUCGUGCUGGCCUACCAUUAUGAGCCCAAGCGGUUAUGUGUGGAUCUUGGAUGUGGGACUGGCAUUGUCACGCGCGAGAUGAGCAAACAUUUCGACAGCGUGAUUGGUAUCGACCCGUCUGCGGGCAUGAUUAGGCAGGCUCGCCAGAGCAUCGAAGGGCAUUCGCAGUUUGGCCAUGUUAGCUUUCGUGAAGGUCCAGCAGAAUCCAUACCUUCCAUCGAAGCCGGCGAGGUUGAUUUGGUUACUGUCGGCCAAGCUGCGCACUGGUUCGAUCAGACCAAGUUCUGGCCGGAGAUGCAACGGCUUCUGCGGCCAAAGGGCACCGUAGCUUGUUGGGGCUACAAAGACCACGUCUUCGUCGACUUUCCAGAAGCGACGAGGAUCAUGCAGGCUUAUGCCUACGACAAGCACCCUGACAAGCUUGGGUCAUACUGGCCAAUGCCCGGUCGCUCAUAUGUGCAGAACAAGCUUCGUGUGCUGCAGCCUCCGGCAACCCAUUGGGAGGAGCCGGAGAGGAUCGAGUAUGAGCCUGCCACAAAGGGCCAGCAUAGCGGUGAGGGCACGCUAUUCAUGGAGCGUAGUCUGACCGUCGCGGAGACGAAGGAAUACGUGAGGACGUGGAGCUCGUUCCAUGGUUGGCAGGAAGCUCAUCCAGAACAGAAGGCAAGGAGUAAAGGUGGCGAUGGUGAUGUUAUGGAUGAGAUGUUUGAUAAGAUUGCGGAGACUGAUCACUGGUUCAAGGAUGAGACCAAUGCUGUCAACAUCGAGUGGGGCUCUGCGCUAGUGUUGACACGGCUGCGGUGAGGUCUACCAAAUACAUGCAGCGACCAGGCAUCCCCUGCCCAGCCAUCGAUCAAGGCAUCGCACUGUAUGCUUCGUCCGUCUUGUCGUGCAAAUUGCCCGUCUCGGGGCUGCAUUUACUCCUUUCGGCUCUCCAUCUGUUGAACGACCUUCCCGUGCCUCGCUGCCGAUCU